AUGGGGCGAGGGGAGAUCAUUGGGGGAUGGGAAGCUGGGUGUCACUCCAGACCCUACGUGGCCUUCUUGAAUAUAGAGACAGGAGGAGAUGGGAAAGGAUGCUGUGGAGGGUUACUGAUCUGGGAGGACGUUUUAGUGACAGCGGCUUAUUGUAAUUGCAACCCGGGCAACAUCUUUGUCUACCUGCGAGUCCAAGACUUCAUGAAGCCAGGACAGAACUGGCAACAGAUCCAGGCCCAUCACUGGGUCCAGCACCCUGGCUUCAACGAUGAGGAUUUUCACAAUGACAUAAUGCUUCUCUCUCUCUCUCGCCCCUGGCAGCUGUCACACAGCGCAGAGCUGACGGAGUGGGUGGUGCCCAUCCCCCUGCCAGAGACCAAUCACCAUGUCAGCCCAGGCCCCGAGUGCAGCAUGGCCAGGUGGGGUCAGACUGAAGUGAACACCACCACCGACAGGCUGCAGGAGCCGGAGCAGGAGGUGGUGUUGCGCGGCCUGUGCAAAGAGCAGUAUCGUCAUUAUGACCCCACCACCAUGCUCUGCGCCGGCAGCCCAGAUGUUAAGAAAUCACCGUUUCAGGAUGAUUAUGGGGGGCCCCUGGUGUGUGAUGGGGUGGCCCAAGGCAUUUCCUCUUGGAAUUUUCAUGCUAUGUCCCCUCCUGAAGUCUACACAAGUGUCUCCCACUUCGUCCCCUGGAUAGAGAAAGUGAUGAAAAAGCUAUCGCAUUCAAGGAGAGCUUCCCAGCUCCUCUACAACUUCUGCUACUUUUCAGGGACACUGGGCUCCAUUCCCCAUUGGCCUGCCCCUCAUGCUGUGGUUGGCUCCAGGAUAAAGAUGAUUUAG